AUGAAGAGAGCCUGCGAGCUAACGCUGCUGCGGCCGCUAUGGCAGCUCUUCAUGUCCAUGGAGAGCAACCUGAGUCAGGAUCCUACCAGUAUAUCAGUGCUGCUGCCUCUUCACAGAGCUCUCACUGAGCUCUUCUUCAUCGCAGAGGCCCGGGCCAUUAAUCAAGGAAUCCUCCAGGAAUACCUGCUGGCCAUGACCACUGAUGAGCAGCUCCUCAGCCACACUACAAUGGCUCUGAAAAACAUUGCUGCCAUCAGCCUGGCCAUCAACUACCCCAAUAAAUCCACUAGGCUACUCAACAUGGCCCAAUGAGAGGCUUCUCUGAAGGAAAAAGAAGACGGCGAGCAUCCUGCAGGGGACGCGUCCCGACUGGCUUCCUGGAGGAGAACCUCCCUCUCCAUCCAGCGGGACGAGAAACUGCAGCGCUGCAGAUAUGAGCGGAGGAGAGGACACUCACGGAGCACUUUCCACUAUUCUUUACAAUCCUGUUUGCCUUAGAGGAAUCGUUUAUCAGCAUGUGCUUUCACAGAUGUAGGGCAGUUUGUGGGGUUGGUUUAUUUUUAUUUUUUAACUGAUGCUCUCCUAAAUGACAUGAAGUGUGCCAAAUUAGCAUCCUUCAAGAGGAAGUACGUUCUGUAAUUUCCUUUCCUUUUCUCCCUCUCCUGUUUCUCAGAACAGCAGCCACUCUAGAUUAUAAAUUGAUCACGGUGAAAACGGGUCACCUUGGCAACUUCCAUGUCUCAGCAGACCCGUAGAGCAUCCUAAAAAUAAUGUCCAGGACAUUGGAGUCCAAUUAGUCACCACAGAGUUUACAACUGGCUUAGUUUCAUCUCAUUUGCCCAUUUUUGACAUUUCUUACUCUUUGUCUUGUAAUCCUUAAUCAGCUUUAAUUACAGAAAAAGAUGAUCGGACUGGACCUAAUCUGAUCUAAUCUAAUUUAAUCUAAUAUAAGACUUAUGACUCUGGUGCAGGGUGCUAAGCUAAAGUUUCUUGGUUUUCCCCUUAAGUGAGUUUUCACUUGCUUAAUCACAAGUUAAAAAAAAACAAAAACAAAAAAGAAAACCUAACAGGUUGCUAACAAUGUUUGCGCCUGAUUCCCAGAUUGUCUUUGGGAGAAACUAAAUAAUGCAAUUUAAAAUUUGUAAAGUCUUGAAUUAUGUUAAAUUGAUUAAUUAAACAUAGAGCAAAUUAUUAAACAUUGAUUAUAGAUACUUUAAAGUGCAGUUAUAAAAAAAAUGAAACCUAAAUGAAAACCAUGCUAAUUGGAAUUAGGGAUCCAUUUGUUUAAAAACCUCUGCAUGCAUCCGGUUCUCCAUGGAUCCGUCACAGAGACACUGUUCUCUUAUUGUUUUUAUAUUUGAUCCACAUCGUUGAUUCAAACCCAACUUUUUUUGAUCACAAUUGGAAAGAAAACUGCCAAAAACCUGCAAAACAAAGGCUUCAAAGAACUGUCUUCCGCCCACCCAUUGAUGCUGAAGAGAUGAAGCAGGAGUCUGUAAAAGCACGUAUGUACAGCACCAGAUCCUGCCCAACACAGGUACCAUGUAAUCUGACAUUUAGCAUCACUAACCUGGCACCUUAUUAACGCUGCCAUGCUCAUUUAGCUGCAUUUGUGAAUUUAUUCAACUGUUGGUUAAACAAAAAACUAAACCUGAGCUGUAGUUUUAUGCCAAAGAACCUUAUCAUUGUGAGCCAUAAAUCAUCCCAGAAAGUGCGCCUGUGAUUGGCUGGAGCAGUGGACGCCUUGACACACCCUUUAGUUUCUUUUCCUCCUUGAUUCGCUUUCGAUUUCUUUUUAAGUUUCCUUCCCCUAAAAGAAAAAGGGCUGCAGGACGGCUCGGUGGUUUUGUUUACACAAACAUCAGCUGCAGUGAGGGGAGAAGAAGAAACGCCUCACCUAUUUAUGACGUGCCUACAGUUCAAAGUAAAGCAAUCACAAUUUCUCUCAUGUUAUUCUGUUUUAAAGAAGUAUAUUGUUUAAUUGAAGUUUUUUUUUCUAACUUUUUAGUUAUUUUGUUGCUUUCUGUUUUGCUACGAAACUUGAUUUAAGGCAAACUAAUUUGAAUGUAAAUACCUGUGAAUAUCAGUUGCACAGAAUAAGGACUUUAAUAACGAGCCCCGUUCAAAAAGAGAGAAGGAAACAUUUAUCCGGCAUUCAGCAAUGGACAUCUGGAAUCCCGCUUUGGAUGCACCUUGUUCCUCGAAGCGCUUGGGUUGAAAUGUGUUCCAUUUCUAAUAAAAACAGAAAUGACUUAAAAAUAAUAAUAAAAAAGGCUCUCAUGGUU